AUGUAUUUUUAUGUCUCGCACUUUAAGCGCAGGGGUUUGUUGUCUGUGGCGGCACGCAGCGAGAAUUGGGAGGGGCGGAGGGUUUUGAUUGAUCAUAUUAAGAAAUCUGAGCCUCGUUGGAUUGAUUGGCUGGGUGGCGUUGUUAGAGAUGGGAUUCGAAAUGGGAAGCUAGAUAGGGUGAAGUUUAUUGAACAGGCGUCCGGUCAUGACCUCGGCAAGUUCAAGGCUGAGGCAUUGUUCGGAUCUUUCCAAAUGGCUGUCGCCAGGAACGACCUCAGUAUGCCACAGGAACUGCUUGAUCGAGGCGGUUUCAAUAUCAAUAUAAAAACCGAGCAGUGUCCAUACGGUGCAUUGCUUGCGGCUUUGUCUAACAAGCGUGCCAGUCUGCCGAUUAUCAACCUGCUUCUGGCAAAUGGCGCUGAUUCAAACGAAUACCACUUAAGAACAGACAGACUACCCUUGCAUGUUGCGGUCAAGAGUGCAAAUGUUGAAUUGGUGAAGCUGCUAGUGGACUACGGUUCCAAUAUCUACGAGGCGUCCCUUAUUCCUACGAGGAAAGGCAUGCUACCCUUGUUACUUUCCGCAGCCCAGACAGGGUCUAUUCCAUUGGUAAAAUUCCUUCUCGAGAAUGGGCUAGAUGUUUCUUUCGUGUGGAAAGGCAAACGGUGGGAGAUGAGGGAGGUUACGGUGCCGGUGGCGGAGAACGAGAAAGUCUGCCAUCUGAUCGCACGGGGUGGGGAGGCAUAUGAAGUAUAUGUCCUUGCCAUACAAUCAACUGAUAAGUGA